GAAUAUACGUGCAUGCUUAUUAAAAAUUUCUUUUAAAGCACACAGCGUGAACUAAACAGCUUUCCAAUAAUUACUUCAGUCGCAAUCUGGAGAGCAGUGCUGGCUCAAAGCCCUCUUGGUGUUAAUUUGGUCACCUUAAUUUAUUUCCCAGAGACCUGAAUAGCUUUUUGCUGUGGCCCUAAACCUCACUUGUUUCUGGUUCCAAUCUUCUGCUUUCUCAAAUAACUAGUUCUUACUAAAAACAGAACCCUAAACUUAGAGAUUCUGAGACAAUUUCCAUCCUGACAUGAAACGACACAGUGAACAUAUUUAAUGGAAGGUCUACCACAUCGUGAUCAGAAGGGAAAAAAUUGCAGUUUUGAGGGAGGCAGUUUUCUUAGUCUUUGGAAACAGGGAUUUAUUCAAAAUGGUCUACUGAGAUAAGAAAACACCAGAAUAAUGCAAUAAUAGAAGGGUUCCACACACACACAGACACCCCAGGAAAUAAAGUGGAUUUAAACAAUUGGGUUAGGUUUCAAACCAUCAGAUCCUUAUUUGUCUCCAAAACCUGGAACCAUGAUUAAACUGAGCCGAAGGGCUCGCUCAAUGUUGUCCUUGGGCCUCAACUCUCUCGCCCUCUGCUUCUCUGUAUCGGCGUUUUGCACCAGCUAUUGGUGUGAAGGGAUCCACAAGGUGGUAAAACCACCCUGCCUCUCAGCUGUCAAGAAAGGGAACUGUAUACCUCUCAACAGUAACGUCACGAUAGACGGGAAUGUGACCAUGGAUCCCCAUGUGGUCCAGUACAUCUGGGAGACAGGCGAAGACAAGUACGCUUUCCGAUAUUUUCACACGGGCUUCUGGCUUUCAUGUGAGGAACAUCACGGAGGGGAGAAGUGCCGGAGUUUCAUUGAGCUGCCCCCGGAGUCAGAGAAAGGGGUAUUGUGGCUUUCUGUUGCCUCAGAAUUCCUUUAUAUUAUCUUGCUGAGCGUGGGAUUCCUGCUGAUGUGUUUGGAUGCGGUCUACUAUGCUAACUUUAUUGAUGGACUGAAGAUCAAUGCUUUUGCUGCUGUCAUCACUGUUCUCUCAGGGCUUCUUGGCAUGGUAGCCCAUAUGAUGUACAUGACCGUCUUUCAGGUGGCUGUAAAUCUGGGACCGAAAGACUGGAGGCCUCAGUCGUGGUAUUACGGGUGGUCUUUUGGAAUGGCCUGGCUCUCUUUCACACUUUGCAUGUCAGCCUCCGUGCUGACCCUCAACACCUAUACCAAGACCAUCUUGGAGUUCAAGUACCGUCGGCGGAUUUUUGAGAAGCACACAGCAUCUACGGGGAGCCUCCGAGGCUCAGGCUCACCGGCUCUGGCUCCCGACCUUGAACGUUUCCUGUGGGAUAAAUACAUCUUCAGUGUUAGUGACUCUCUAGAUUUCUCCCCCAGCCCGCCAGGCCCUAUAGCCGCGGGUGUGGGUCGCAAGGCCUAUGCUGGGGGUUAUGCUGGGCUUGCUGGAGGUUACAGUGGGGAUGCUGGGGAUGAGGAUGAUGGGGAGCCCUGCUAGGGACAGAUGGUUGGGUUGAGAAGGGAGUCCUCUUUCACAACACUUUUCGUUGCCCGUUUCUGUCCAGCGAUCUGAUUGUUCCUUCCCAUUGGCGGAGUGGUGAAUUUGGUAGCGCAGGUGCUUCUCACGGCACUCCUCAUAUCCAGCGCCCACGUCCAAAAAUGAAUGGCAGUCCAUCAACAAAUUAGAAUUCAAUCUGGGUAAAGGUAACGGCCUCUUAAUUGCCCACUCAAGACCAAACUUCCCUUCAGUGUUUUCCUUACAACAGGGAUAGUUUGUAAAGCUCAGAGGAAACAGGGGAACCAAUGGGGGGGGGUGCAGCGGGUUCUCCUGCCCACUUACCUGAGUCCUUUGGUGGCCUUUUCAUAAUGCACAGAAGUGUUGUUUCCCUGAGGACAACCUCAUGAGAUUUCCAUUUUUU